AUGAAGACCACUGCGACCGAAGACUUCUGCUCCACAGCUGCGGCUUCAGGAACCUGGAGACAGGAGAGUCAAGAUCUCGCUGAACACAAGAAGACCAUGAUGCACUCUGAGUCGGCCUGUCAUUCAAAGUUCUCCGCAGUUUUCUCAAACCACACACCCUCACCCAUCGCAGCCUCCUGGCCUCCCCCUCUCACCUAUCGCAGCCUCCCCCUCCUCUCACCUAUCUCACCCGCCUGGCCUCCCCCUCUCACCCAUCGCAGCCUCCUGGCCUCCCCCUCUCACCCAUCGCAGCCUCCUGGCCUCCCCCUCUCACCCAUCGCAGCCUCCUGGCCUCCCCCUCUCACCUAUCGCAGCCUCCUGGCCUCCCCCUCUCACCCAUCGCAGCCGCCUGGCCUCCCCCUCUCACCUAUCGCAGCCUCCUGGCCUCCCCCUCUCACCCGCCUGGCCUCCCCCUCUCACCCAUCGCAGCCUCCCCCCUCUCACCCAUCGCAGCCUCCUGGCCUCCCCCUCUCACCUAUCGCAGCCUCCCCCUCUCACCUAUCGCAGUCUCCUGGCCUCCCCCCUCUCACCUAUCGCAGUCUCCUGGCCUCCCCCCUCUCACCCAUCGCAGCCGCCUGGCCUCCCCCUCUCACCUAUCGCAGCCUCCUGGCCUCCCCCCUCUCACCUAUCGCAGUCUCCUGGCCUCCCCCUCUCACCUAUCGCAGUCUCCUGGCCUCCCCCCUCUCACCCAUCGCAGCCUCCUCCUCUCACCUAUCUCACCCGCCUGGCCUCCCCCCCUCACCCAUCGCAGCCUCCCCCUCUCACCUAUCUCACCCGCCUGGCCUCCCCCCUCACCCAUCGCAGGCGCCUGGCCUCCCCCUCUCACCCAUCGCAGCCUCCUGGCCUCCCCCCUCUCACCCAUCGCAGCCUCCUGGCCUCCCCCUCUCACCUAUCUCACCCGCCUGGCCUCCCCCCCUCACCCAUCGCAGCCUCCUGGCCUCCCCCUCUCACCUAUCUCACCCGCCUGGCCUCCCCCUCUCACCCAUCGCAGCCGCCUGGCCUCCCCCUCUCACCUAUCGCAGCCUCCUGGCCUCCCCCCUCUCACCCAUCGCAGGCGCCUGGCCUCCCCCUCUCACCCAUCGCAGCCGCCUGGCCUCCCCCUCUCACCUAUCGCAGCCUCCUGGCCUCCCCCCUCUCACCCAUCGCAGCCUCCUGGCCUCCCCCUCUCACCCAUCGCAGCCGCCUGGCCUCCCCCCUCUCACCCAUCGCAGCCUCCUGGCCUCCCCCCCUCACCCAUCGCAGCCGCCUGGCCUCCCCCUCUCACCCAUCGCAGCCUCCUGGCCUCCCCCCUCUCACCCAUCGCAGCCGCCUGGCCUCCCCCUCUCACCCAUCGCAGCCGCCUGGCCUCCCCCUCUCACCCAUCGCAGCCGCCUGGCCUCCCCCCUCUCACCCAUCGCAGCCGCCUGGCCUCCCCCUCUCACCCAUCGCAGGCGCCUGGCCUCCCCCUCUCACCCAUCGCAGCCUCCUGGCCUCCCCCCUCUCACCCAUCGCAGCCGCCUGGCCUCCCCCUCUCACCCAUCGCAGCCUCCUGGCCUCCCCCUCUCACCCAUCGCAGCCUCCUGGCCUCCCCCUCUCACCCAUCGCAGCCUCCUGGCCUCCCCCCCCCUCACCUAUCGCAGCCUCCUGGCCUCCCCCUCUCACCCAUCGCAGCCUCCUGGCCUCCCCCUCUCACCCAUCGCAGCCUCCUGGCCUCCCCCCUCUCACCCAUCGCAGUCUCCUGGCCUCCCCCUCUCACCUAUCGCAGCCUCCUGGCCUCCCCCCUCUCACCCAUCGCAGCCGCCUGGCCUCCCCCUCUCACCCAUCGCAGCCGCCUGGCCUCCCCCUCUCACCUAUCGCAGCCUCCUGGCCUCCCCCCCCUCACCUAUCGCAGCCUCCUGGCCUCCCCCUCUCACCUAUCGCAGCCUCCUGGCCUCCCCCCCCUCACCUAUCGCAGCCUCCUGGCCUCCCCCCUCACCUAUCGCAGCCUCCUGGCCUCCCCCUCUCACCUAUCUCACCCGCCUGGCCUCCCCCCUCACCUAUCGCAGCCUCCUGGCCUCUCUCUCAGACUCCAGCAGGGUGAGGACAUCUCCCUCUCGCACUGGGCCCUUCACGUUCCUGAUGAUGGUUCUGUUGCUGUCAUCCAUAAACUCCACACGGACCUGA